AUGUGUACACCUCGUUUCCGUGUUAAUGCGGUGGCAGGGGAACCUUUCUAUUUGAAAUAUUGCUCAUAUAACUCUGAGCAUAAGAAUAAAAAUGACACUAUAAAAUGGUAUAAAAGCAACAAGUUACUUGGACAGAUUGAGCUAAACCCAAGCAGUUCACCCAGAAUUGUUUUUAAUGGUUAUGCUUUGGAAUUUUGGCCAGUUGAAUUGGAUGACAGUGGAUCUUAUAUUUUCAAGAUGGGAAAUGAUGAACGUAAAUGGGAACUAAAUGUUGCCAGGAAAAAUAAACACAACUGCUAUGCUGAAAAUCAAAUAUUUGGGAGACUCAUUCAAGUGAAUAAAAUUUUGACAAUAAAGUGUGAGAAUGACCACUAUUCAAAAUGGAUUGAGAGAACAUCAAUCUAUAAGGACUGUGAACAACUGAUAAAAGAGAUUAAUGGAAGCACAACGAGCCAUGAAAAGAAUGCAGAGUUUGAAGAUAAAGGAUAUUACACAUGUGUGUUUUCCCUUCAUUAUAACGGAAAACUGUUUAAUCUCACUAAACCUUACAACAUAACAAUAUCUGAAGGUACCGAUUAUAUAAGUCCAGUUAUUUUUGGACCACAUUUUAAUCACAUUCCAGUGGAAUUAGGAAAAGAUGAAGAACUAAACUGCUCUGCUGUGUUGAAUAAAUACGAUAAAAUUUAUUGGAGCAUAUUUAAGGAAAACGGAGCAAAACAUCCUAAUGUACAUGAAGGCAACCAAACAAACUUUAUGACCCUAGAUGGCAAAUAUUAUGCUUCAAAAAUGUUGUACAUAAAGAAUGUUAAUGAAGAUAAUCUACAUUUUCCAUAUAAUUGUACUGUGGUCAGUGGGAGACCUGUAGACCCUAGAAUCUUCAUCUUGGAGAAAAAAGAUAAUGGUGAUAUCCCAGGCCACAUCUUCACCAGAGGAAUUGUGAUAGCCAUCUCAGUGUUGGUAGCAGUUGUGUGCCUAGUGGUUGUGUGUGCCAUUUAUAGAGUUGACUUGGUUUUAUUUUAUAGACGGUUAACAGGAAGAGAUGAAACAUUAACAGAUGGAAAAACAUACGAUGCUUUUGUAUCUUACCUUAAAGAAUGUCAACCAGAGCAUUGUGAGGAGCAUACCUUUGCUGUGGAAAUUUUACCUAAGGUGUUGGAGAAACAUUUUGGGUACAAAUUAUGCAUAUUUGAGAGGGAUGUAAUUCCCGGAGGAGCUGUUGUUGAUGAAAUCCAUUCACUGAUAGAAAAGAGCCGAAGACUAAUCAUUGUUCUAAGUGAAAAUUACAUGUCAAACGAAGUCAGGUAUGAGCUUGAAAGUGGACUUCAUGAAGCACUGGUGGAAAGGAAAAUUAAGAUAAUCUUAAUUGAAUUCACACCUGUCAGUGAUUUCAUGUUCUUGCCCAAAUCAUUAGAGCUUUUGAAAUCUCAUCGAGUUCUGAAGUGGGAGGCCGAUAAGUCUCUUUCAUAUAACUCAAGGUUCUGGAAAAAUCUUCAUUAUUUGAUGCCUGCAAAAAUGAUCAAGCCAUGAAGGAAUGAAUCUGAAGUCUUGUCUUUCAAGAGUGUGAGAAAAGCUAGAUACCAGAAAGAACUCCAGAUAUUUUGGAAAUUGAGAGUGUAA